CUGCGCAGGCGCUGGGAGGGCGCGCGGUCGCCGCGGUGUCACGUGAGCGCCUUGGGCGGCCCCGUAGCCCUGGCGACGCGGUGCAGGCCCUGGCCCCACCGCCACCCAACUGGCCUUCCUCCGGAGACUCGCAGGGGCCUCACGCCUGGUCAUGGCCACGUCCUCCUUUCGCGGCACGUCCAUCGGGGCAGCCGAGGGGAUGUUCGAGGCCGACAGGAACCCAGGGGACCCAGAGAACACAUAUAUUCUGCGGCCCGUUUUCCAGCAAAGGUUCAGACCCUCUGUGAUUAAAGACUGCAUCCACACUGUGCUCAAGGAGGAACUGGCAAAUGCUGAAUAUUCUCCAGAAGAAAUGCAUCAGCUCACAAACCAUUUAUCAGAAAUCAUUAAAGAUAAACUAAAAGAACUGGGAUAUGACCGGUAUAAAAUGGUGGUGCAUGUAGUGAUUGGAGAACAAAGAGGUGAAGGAGUAUUCAUGGCUGCUCGGUGUUUCUGGGAUGCAGACACUGACAACUACACUCACGAUGUUUUCAUGAAUGACAGUUUAUUCUGUGUUGUAGCUGCAUUUGGCUGUUUCUACUAUUGAAUCUUUGACAAAGCUGAUAGGACCAUGAAGAAAUACAAACUCUUUAAUACUGUUAAGUAUCCUGACAAAAUAAAAAUCAAUUGGCACUUUGGCACUUAAAA